CCGCUGCUGUCGGGAGCUGUCAGUGACGUGGCGGCGACGGGGGACAUGCAUCCUGCGUGACGUCAUCAGCACGGGAACCUCCGACCCAGAUCACAAAUUGCUCUUUACGGUUUCCAAUCAGUGACUUCUACUCUGCAAUGUUUUAAGCAUGUCUGAAGAAGACUGCAGUAUAAACACCGGGGACACCGGCCAGCCCCAGGAGCAGGAAAAGAUCUCGGGCCCUACGGAAAGCAGUACAAACGAGGAAAGAAAAACUGUCUCCGAACCAGUGGCCAUAACUCGCAAACGCCCAGAGUCCAAGUCUAAUAGUGCGUCCACUGAGGAGGAGGAAAACGAGACACUGGACCAGGAUACUGCUGCCAAAUCUCCAUCAUCAUCAUCAUGGGACUAUUGGGGGAGCUGGGGCAAGUCCUUAAUUUCUACUGCUACAGCCACUGUGGCGACUGUGGGACAUGGAAUCUCUUCUGCUAUUGAGAAGGCUGAGAGCACAUUGGGAGUCCCAAGCCCUGUAGAAUUGUCCUUUAAGGAUCGCCCUGCAGAGGCCUCACAAGAUGCCACUGCUGGGGGAAGUGGUGAAAUCAGAGAGGGAGAGGGCUCAUCCCCAAUUACAGGAGCACUGGGAUUCCUGUCCAGUAUCUCUACAGCAGUGCAGAGUACAGGGAAGACUGUACUUUCUGGGGGCCUGGAUGCCUUGGAGUUUAUUGGUAAAAAGACCAUGGACGUGAUUGCAGAGGGUGAUCCAGGUUUCAAAAAGACCAAAGGACUCAUGAACAGGAAUUCUACGCUGUCACAUGUGCUGCGAGAAGCAAAGGAGAGGGAGGAGCAGCGGGUGAGCGGUGAGAGUAACCCAGAGACUGAGCGACUUGCGCACUACGGGCUGUUAUUUGAUGAAUACCAAGGCCUGGCUCACCUGGAGGCAUUAGAGCUGCUCUCCAAGGAGAGUGAAGGAAAGGUGAAGUCCAUUCUCAGCGCUUUUUCAGGGGAGGAACUGGCAGAGCUCAAGCUAGAUUUAGAAUCCCUGAAGGAAGUGUUCUCAUUGGAAGAAUUUGAUGAUGAAGAAGAGGUGGAGAAGGGUGAUGAGGAUUUCCUUCAGGAGGUAUCUGCUCUGUUUCAGGAGUUACACAUCUCUGUGAGGCCUGAUAAACUGACUAAUGCACAGAAAGCUGCUUAUAACUGGAUGACUAAAGUAGAGGAGGAGAAAGUGGAAGGAGAGGAGGAUAAGGCUGAGCCACAAGAGGAGAGCAGUCAGAAGAAAUCCACUGUGGAGGAUAUCCACGAGUUUGCAAUCCGCAGCCUGGCAGAGUUGACAGCCUGCUCUAUGGAGGUGUUCCACAAAACGGCCACAUUAAUUCUGCACGGAGACACACAGGUGCCAGCAGUGUCACGGGGCAAGACCCUGUCACAAAUGACGAUUGCACUGUGCAAAGAGCUGUCACACCUAUCGAAGAAGAUGACUACUCUCCUGACAUCCGCAGGGGCAUCAGAGAAGUCGGACAUCCUGAACCCUUUAAUUACUGGAGUAUUCCUAGAGGCAUCGAACAGCGCUUCCUAUAUCCAAGAUGCGUUCCAGCUCCUGCUUCCAGUACUUGAAAUCUCCCACAUUCAGAGCAGGACGUAAUCUUUUAGUAUUUGACCAAUUAUAUUCUUUUCAGUUGUGUUAUCCUUAAACCCAGGGUGUCCCUGACGUUCCAAAUAAUAUAAAACUUUGAUUUGUGACAUGUGCUUAAUCUGAUGUAGCUUCUAAUACUAAAGUGCAAUAACCAAACCCCAGAGUAAUGGCGGCAGGUACAACACAUUUAUAUUUUGACAUUUUUCACUAAAAACCAACUACUAUACGUAGAAAAUGACUAGGCAUCCUGUGACGUGAUGUGUGUAAAUCCCAACACCGGCGCAGCAUCACCAACGUCUGACAUUAUGAAGGUGAGUAUCUGGGUACGGCUUAGGGCCCAUGGAGGAAGUGGGGGUAGGUUAGUCCUAGAUCCCCUCUCCCCCAAGGGUUAGGGUAGGGGAUACGGGAGGUAGAAAUACUUACCCCCUGCGAUGUCCAGAUCUUCAAUGUUGGGAUGCCGUGGCUGGUCAUGUGACCGCCAGCAUCCCGACCGCUGGGAUAUAGUAUAUAUUGCCCUGUGACUCUUAAAUGUUGUAUAACUAUAAGUUUCCAUAUACUGUACUGCCAGGACUGGAGUGGCAUGCUGGGACUUGUAGUUUCAUAGCAGUUUGAAUGCCACAUAAUGCCUGCCUCUGAUGUACAGCAUUUUGGUGAAAAAGACUUACUUGGAAGCUGCUGACUGGUAUUUGCCUACAGGGAACCUGAGAGGUGUUUUCUGUUUGAGUUUCUUUCUUACUCCCAUAACUGUCUGUGAAAAAAAGAUUGUGCAUUGUCUUAUAAUAUCAUAUACAGUUCUGUGGUUUGUAGCUGGACUGGGUAUUGAGCUGCACAGAAGAAGCAGUCUCUAUUAAGGUGACAGAGUUGCACCCAGUUAAAACCCCCAAAUCCCAGUAUUAUUUAGAAUUUGGUUCUGCAAAGAGCAGACCUCUAUAUGGAAUAAUGUUCCCUCUAAUGUAACCUGUAACACCAUUGGAAGUGACUGAGGAGUUCCGUGACUGCAUUAAGGGCCACAGGCAGAGUGCAAGCUACAGAGAUCCAGAGUGACUUCUGAUCUACGUACAUUUCCAGUAGCGGGAAUGUUAUUCCUUAUAGUGAUCACUGAAAUGAUGAUGUUGAUUAACAGGUCAUCCAGCCACUAUAUAAAGCAGUCUAAAUAUGUCUACACACUACAGCUUUCUGGUUAUGAUUAGGGUAAUGGUAUGAGCAAUAUCAAAAGUAAGGUUAUUUCAGUGGCCACAACACAGUUGAAGCCAUAAUUCAGGAUGGUAGAACGCCAUACGUCUGUGUGUAUAUGUACAUAUUAAUGAUUUAUGCAGCCGUCUUGCUAGUUCAGGUAACAUGAAUGAUUUUGUCCAUCAGACAAUUUCUAUAUAGACCUAAAUGGAUGUCUGCAUUAAAUAUUACACUUCCAGCCUAAACAAAUGUAUGGAGGUGAUGGUUGUAGAGCCAAGCUAUUCCCAUGCCCAGUCUUUGCUAAUACGGUGUGUUUCACAUAAGGAGGGGUUACAUGCUUACGGAUGAUUAUAAACACAGGAUGGGGUUUCAGAACAUAUAUACCAGUGCGUUUCUAGCAAUAACUAGAUGCAAACAUCAUAUUAUCCCAUAUUAUCCCUCUACCAAAAUAUGUGGGGAACAUCCAUGUCUUAUGCACGAAUUGUUUUUUGUCUUGUUGUUUAAAUGUAGAUGGUUCCUGUUAAUAAACACGUUACCCAUCUUAGAAGGUGGAAAGUGUGUACAAUUAUAUGCAAAAAGACAGAUGUUAAAAUGAUAAACUAGAACCAUAACCUGUUCCAGAUCCUGCUGGAGAACUAGUGCUCCAAUAACUGCAAGACCAGACACUGUUAUAAAUGGCAGCCAAUUAUACUGUAACAGACAGGUUUCUAGUAGAGAUUAGACAAUGAAAGCAAAUGCAAUUGGAUGCUACAGGUUAGUUUAGUUAUACUUACACCACUGCAUUAUCUUAUGGGUAAUUGUGCUCCUAUACAACAUUGCUGCCAUAUACUGUACUGGGGACAUGUACUAAGCAGUGAUAAAAGUGGAGAAGUGAGCCAGUGGAGAAGUUGUUCAUGGCAACUAAUCAGUUGCUCUGUAUAUUUUUAUAGAAUGCAAAUUAUAAAUGUUACGUCAAUGCUGAUUGGCUGCCAUGGCUCAUCUCCACUUUUAUCACGGCAUAGUACAUCUCCCCUAAAGGUUGUUAGUUUCACAUCAGGUAUUAUUGUAAUAUCUUUGAUUAAACUAAUUUUCUGUUAAUCAAAACUGCCAAUAUUCUCUUAACACCAAAUGUAUAUAUGGGUGAGAUCAUAAAAAGUAGCUUUGAGAAAUCAAAGAAUAUUUAAUACUCUCCCUAAAGAUCGCGCCAGAGCUCUGUUUAAUUUUACAGUCUUGGGGUUAUAUGCUUAACUUGUCUUCUAAUUUGCAUAUACAGGUUGAGUAUCCCUUAUCCAAAAUGCUUGGGACCAGAGGUAUUUUGGAUAUCGGAUUUUUCCGUAUUUUGGAAUAAUUGCAUACUAUAAUGAGAUAUCAUGGUGAUGGGACCUAAAUCUAAUCACAGAAUGCAUUCAUGUUACAUAUACACCUUAUACACACAGCUUGAAGGUAAUUUUAGCCAAUAUUUUUUAUAACUUUGUGCGUUAAAGUGUGUGUACAUUCACACAAUUAAUUUGUGUUUCAUAUACACCUUAUACACACAGCCUGAAGGUCAUUUAAUACAAUAUUUUUAAUAACUUUGUGUAUUAAACAAAGUUUGUGUACAUUGAGCCAUCAAAAAACAAAGGUUUCACUAUCUCACUCUCACUCAAAAAAGUCCGUAUUUCGGAAUAUUCCGUAUUUCGGAAUAUUUGGAUAUGGGAUACUCAACCUGUAUUAUCAUAAAUGUUUACAUAGCAACUACAAAUGGAGGAGGGGGGUCUGAAACAAAAAAGGUAAAUAAAGUAAACAUUUUUAAAAGCUAUUCCAAUAAACAAGUGUAAAUAAUUUGUAUUUUAAUCCUUCCUGAAAUGUGCCCCCUUUAUCUUGAAGCCCUGCCAGAGAAGCGAUUGUAGCAGAUGGUCUUCACUUCUUGAGCGUUUUGCUGUAUAAAGACUAGAUGAGGGGCUGGCAGAACUCUCUAUGUUGAUGUAAUAUGUGCUAUAUUAUCCAUCUGCUAUUAUUCUAUACAAUGCGGACCUCCUCGCGGCCCCCCUCUGGUCUUCCUACUCCUCGACUUGUGUGGCUGUGAGCAUUGGAUAGGGCAGGCUACAAGUGGGGAAACUGUAUUUAUCUGGGCUUGCACAGGAGUGGGAACGAUAGACUUACAAAAAUCAAUGUAAACGUAUGUCUCCUGGCCUGUCAUCUGCACACAGUGGCUACAGAUACUUCUAUUCUUACUGUUUACUGGUCAAAAAGUUUCAAAAACCAUUGGGUGGUGAUUAUUCCUAAUCUGGGAAAUACCUUAGUGAGGUGGGCCUGAAGACUUUAGCAGUGGAAGGGAUUACAGGACAAUAUGGCAGUGGAGAAACAAGUUAUCAUUAGCUGUAGCAGCACUACAUUCUGUAAAGUGUCCUAUUUAUAUGCUUCUGAAAUAAACCUGUCAUGUUUGGUCCUUUUGUGGUAUGACCCUGCAACAUCUCCGUUCAUUAGGAGGCAGUCAUCUCUCAGUAAAACAGAGGGAAGGCAGCCAAUGUGUGGGAUGAAGCAAUAUUCAAAGUUUGGUUAUUCACCAGGAGCUAGUGAUGUCACUGGUUACUAGCAAGCUGAUUGGUUCAGCUCAAGCAAUAUCUGCUUCCUGCUGUGAGAUGAUUGGUUCAGGAUAAGCAAUAUCUACUUCCUGUGAGUUGAUAGGUUCAGGCUAAGCAAUGUCUGCUUCCCACUGUGAGUAGGCCACAGUUUAGUUAUUUGAAAUCCUCAGACAGACUGGCAUUGCAUUUACAUGUUUGUUAGGAGCAUUUUAACUAUUGUUAUUGAGGUCACAUAGGCUUCCCCAAUGCGUUUACUUGUGAUAAGCCCAAGUAAAUGGAAUAAUUCAGGAUAAUGCAAUACACCUGAACAGUAGGUAUAACAUCACGGGGUAUAAGGCCAUUAAAAACAAUAGGGUUUAUACCUGCUUGCAUGGCUUAAUUCCUUCAAAUAUGUGUAGUUAACCCCAGUGUUUAUAGAAUGAGGCCUUAAUCUGUAUAAGAACAAAGAAAACUAGUACUACUUAGUUGCAAUAAAUGGGAGCGCAUGGAUAGAGGAGAUUGUUACUUGGCAGAUAACACCCACAACAAAGUAUGACAGAUUAAACGUGUGGGCAGGACUGCUGGCGCCAUGCUACAGCAUCUUCUAGCCAGUCAUUCACGCCACGGGAGACUGCUGUAAAUGUCCAUGUAAUUUGUCAUUGUCUAAUGUUCUCAGUACAGGGGUCUCAUUAUACUGCUGUCACACGUCAGUUCUACUUUCAUAUUUUUUAGAAACUUACCAAUAGCUCAGGAGUAAAAUCUGUAUUUUUCUGUAUGUAAAUCGGUUACUUGUAUGGAUAAUUAACCUUAAAUAAACUUGUUUAUUGCUU